CGCAGCAUUUCUUCUAGUAAUUUCUUUUUGAGAGGAGAGAAAAUAAUGGAUCAUCGGACAGCAACCAAACAGCAACUCAAUCAUACACAACAAAACCAAAACCGCCGCUUGUUUCCAAUUUCUUCUUCUCCACUCCAUUUCCAUUUAUAAACUCACACCCCCGUAUAAAUACUUGCUCCCAUUUCUUCUCUCUUCUUCAUCAUCAAACCAAACCAAAACAAAUCAAACCCAAAAACCAAGAAAAAAACGUUUCAUUUCUCGUCUACAUUUCACAGUAUGGACACUAACAUCGGAUCUGUUGACACCUUGAAACCUGCUUCAACUGACAUGUGUUCACCAGCAAACGGCACCGUUUGCACCCUCCAAACUUCCGUCUCACUCCCGUCACCUGACUCUACUCUCGGCCGUCACUUAGCUCGCCGUCUUGUUCAAGUUGGCGUCACUGAUGUGUUCUCUGUGCCCGGUGACUUUAACCUUACGCUUCUUGAUCAUUUAAUAGCUGAGGCGGGACUCAACCUUGUUGGGUGCUGUAAUGAGCUUAAUGCUGGAUAUGCUGCCGAUGGCUAUGCACGAUCACGUGGAGUUGGUGCUUGUGUUGUGACGUUCACUGUUGGCGGUUUGAGUGUUUUGAAUGCUAUUGCUGGUGCUUAUAGUGAGAAUUUGCCUGUUAUUUGUAUUGUUGGGGGACCUAACUCUAAUGAUUAUGGGACUAAUAGGGUUUUGCAUCAUACCAUUGGUUUGUCUGAUUUUAGUCAGGAGUUGAGGUGUUUUCAGCCUGUUACUUGCUUUCAGGCAGUGGUGAACAAUUUGGAAGAUGCACAUGAUCUGAUUGAUACUGCGAUAUCAACUGCUUUGAAAGAAAGCAAGCCUGUUUAUCUGAGUGUUAGCUGUAACUUGCCUGCUAUUCCUCAUCCUACUUUUAGCCGAGAGCCCGUUCCAUUUUCGCUCUCUCCCAGAUUGAGCAAUAAAUUGGGGUUGGAGGCUGCAGUAGAAGCAGCAGCAGAGUUUUUGAACAAAGCAGUGAAACCAGUGUUGGUUGCUGGGCCAAAAUUGAGGGUGGCAAAGGCAUGUGAAGCUUUUGUUGAGUUGGCUGAUGCUUGUGGCUAUGCUUCGGCGGUGAUGCCGGCAGCUAAAGGACUCAUGCCGGAACACCAUCCUCAUUUCAUUGGAACUUAUUGGGGUGCUGUGAGCACCGCUUUUUGUGCUGAAAUUGUGGAAUCUUCCGAUGCUUACUUGUUUGCCGGACCCAUUUUCAACGACUAUAGCUCUGUUGGAUAUUCUCUGCUUCUCAAAAAAGAGAAGGCAGUCAUUGUUCAGCCUGAUCGAGUGGUGAUUGCCAAUGGCCCUGCGUUUGGAUGUGUGCUGAUGAAGGAUUUUCUAAAGGCUCUCGCAAAAAGGCUCAAGCCGAAUAAUACUGCUCAUGAGAACUACCGUAGGAUUUAUGUUCCUGAAGGACAGCCUUUGAAAAGUGGACCUAAAGAACCGCUGAGAGUCAAUGUUCUGUUCCAGCAUAUACAGAAAAUGCUGUCUAGUGAAACUGCUGUCAUUGCUGAGACCGGAGACUCAUGGUUUAACUGCCAGAAGCUCAAAUUGCCUAGGGGAUGCGGGUAUGAGUUCCAAAUGCAGUAUGGAUCAAUUGGUUGGUCAGUCGGGGCAACUCUUGGCUAUGCUCAAGCUAUCCCAGAGAAACGCGUGAUCGCCUGUAUUGGUGAUGGCAGCUUUCAGGUGACUGCUCAAGAUGUGUCUACGAUGCUGCGAUGUGGACAGAAAACGAUCAUCUUCUUAAUAAACAACGGCGGAUACACCAUUGAAGUCGAAAUUCACGAUGGUCCUUACAACGUAAUUAAGAACUGGAACUACACCGGCUUGAUUGAUGCUAUCCACAAUGGUGAAGGAAAAUGCUGGACAACCAAGGUUCGAUGCGAGGAAGAGCUAAUUGAAGCAAUUGAGAUUGCGACAGAGUCGAAGAAAGAUUGUUUGUGCUUCAUUGAAGUUAUAGUUCAUAAGGAUGAUACCAGCAAAGAACUGUUGGAAUGGGGCUCCAGAGUUUCUGCAGCCAAUAGCCGCCCGCCGAACCCGCAGUAGACUGCAAAUCUAGAAUUGUUUCUAGUAGAUUGAAAUCAUUUUGAGUUUGUGAUCUUUGGUAUUGUCUGCUAAAUUGGUUGUAUUUCUCUGACGUAUGUGCAAAUAUUAGCUUGCUUGGUUCAUAAUUGUGUACUGUCCAGAAAGUUAAUUAGUCAGCAAGUUAUUAUUUGGGAAA